AUGUCCCCAUUUCUCAACGAAGAGGCAAUUGAAAAGGAUAGUGAUCUCACUGAUCAAUUGUUAUUGGUGCCUAGAAAUUUAUUAAAGUCCGGUAUCUUGACAAAGCUAGGACUCGAAUAUUUAAAUCAAGAUAGCCAUUUGUUCAAUUUGACACAUAAAUACCAGAAUAUUGUUAUUCCAAAGGAUUCUAAAAACUUAUUUAUAUUCAAUACAACUGAUAAUUUAAGCAUUCCCAGGAGAGCUCAGAAUAGAUUUGUGGAACUUAUUCAAAGAAGUGCACCAUUUAACCUACCACAGUAUAUGAAGUUAGUAAAUUUUUAUGCCGUUAUUCCAAGGGAAUAUAUGGCUUCUCAUUAUAAUUCAAGUAAGAAUAAUUUAGAGUCUGUGCUCUCAAAUGGGAUUUUGGAAGUUCCAGCUUCUAAAUUACCGAUUUUCAGAAGGUGUAUCAGCGAAAAUAAACCAUUAAUGGUUUUCCUUUUCAAUAGCGGUAAAUCUGAUGAUUUUAAAGCUUCAUCGGGGACUAUAAUGAACAUAAAAAACUAUAUAACAAGAAAUAGACAGAAGGCUAGCGUGUCAACAUUCUUUGAUUCAUUUGCAUACAAUUGGAUUGACAAAAUCAAUUAUUCCAGCUUAAUUCAAUCAGUCUUCUGUACAACGAACAAUAAAAACAUGGAUGAAAGUUAUUGCUUGAAAGUUCAAGAUAAGCAAACUAUUCAUUUAUUUCCAGCAUUUUACGAUAUAGCAAAACGUUCCAGAACAAGACACCAUUUAGUCGAUUUGCACCUGAGGCAAGACGAGCAGGACUUACCAGAACAUUUGAAUGCCAACCAAGCAAUAAAAGAAGCCGGUGAUAUAUUAUAUUCCGCAGCUCAGUUGAUAAAUGGCACAGUAUAUAAGUUUGCCGGUGAACGAUUUAGCAAUGCAGAGCGUUUUAAUAUUGAUGCAAAGUCGAAAAUUCAUAAAAUACAAGACAAGCUUGGUGAAAUACCAGAAAUAUUGGGAGAUAUCAAAGACACAUUGGAUGAUCCAGAUCAAAGUCCUAUUAUAAACAAUUACGACGGCUUGAAAAAGAUUUUUCAACUCGAUAACGGGGAGAAUGAUGAAGUUGUGCAUGAGAGUUCAUUCCCUUCUUCAAGACGCAGAAAGGCAAGACUUGCACGAGGCCUGGAGCAAUUGGCAAACCGAGGCCACCAAAAACCAGAUGGCGGAUUUCUGUUUCCUGCUUCGCUAAUUAAGUUUGCUGAUUCAAUCAAAACAGCCCCCCGAAAGAAAUGGUAUUCACAGGUCAUAUAUUCACCUUUUAAAAUAGACGAUAAUCUAGGAGAUGAAUCCUAUAACGAGACUGAAGAUAUCGAUAAUGAUAUCUUACAUAAAAGGCUGUCUAUAUUCAGCAAUGACGAAAACUGCGAUAAGAUAACAUGGUAUAAUAUUUUUCAUUAUAGCAUAUUUGGAAAACCACACUUUUGCCUUGAUUAA